AAUAGCGUCAUUGAUUGUCCACCUCGGGUGUUUUUGUUCGACCAAGAAUUUUGUUGUUGCUCUGCUUAUACCUUCCCAGAGCUCAAUGACGGACAGUCUUUCCACACAGCUUUAGCCAAAGAGGACCGUGUUUACUUUCUCGGGGGCCACUCUUUGAAAUCCAACAGCCGCCCUCCUCGGCUCUUUUGCUUGCAUGUGGAGCUCUUGCAAGGUAGUCCGUUAGUGUCCUGUGACAGUCUUGAUUGUGGUCUGUCCAUCUCAAGUGCGGUAAUCGCCCGCACAGGUCCAUCUCAUAAAUAUAUCGUAUUAGGAGGGUAUCAGUCAGAUUCUCAAAAAAGAAUGGAAUGCAGCACUGUGACUCUGGAUGAGAAAGGGAUUCACAUUGAACCUCUCCAACAACCACAGUGGACCCCAGAUAUUGUUCAUAGUCAAACUUGGUAUGGUGGCGCUGCGGGGGAACUCGGCAUGCUGCUCGCUGUACCAACAGAGGGCAGGUCGUCCCAAACAGAUAUGCAUUACUUCUAUCUGGUCAACUUCCAGAAAGAGGUAGAAGGUGAAGAUGAUCCGGCCCAGCAGUGCUGCAGUCAGGAGCUGUCAGACUACGACAACUCCACACCUCUGGAAGAUUCAGAAGAGCUCUACUUUGGCCGAGAGCCUCAUGAGCUGGAGGAUUGUAGCGAGGGUGAAGGUGACAAAUACAACGAGAAAGAUGAGGAGGAUGAGUCACAAUCAGGCUACUGGAUCAAAUGCUGUCACGGUUGUCAGCUGGACCACAACACAUGGGAGCCGUUUUAUUCCACCGAGCUCCACCGGCCAGCCAUGAUUUUCUGCUCAAAGGGAGAGGCAGGACAUUGGGUCCACGCUCAGUGCAUGGAGCUCACGGAAACACUGCUGCUCACACUCUCCCAAGGCAACCAGAAGUACUUUUGUCUUGAACAUGGUGGUCUUCCUCACCAGGAGACGACCCCACCUCGAAAAGUCAUCCCCUUACAGCGCACGCCACUUAAAGUUAAACACAGGAAAUCUCAUACGAAACUGAGGAGCUCCCCCGUCAAAAAAAGUGUUUUCAGGAGACUUUUUGACUAACCGAAGAUGAUGUGUUUAACGGGAUGCUUUCAUCGAGAGCAGAGGUCUCCAAAAUGUAUUUCUGAAAGAGCUACUUUUACAAAACAAUAGCUUAUUUCAACCCAAACAAAGUGAUAAAGCGUGUUAUGUUAGAACAGAAACACAAUGUUGUUAUCCACAACUUGAAAACAAUUAAAACGUGUUCACCUGCA